GUUCAUCAGCUGAUUGUAGGACUGGAGAGGAAUCAAAACAUUGCGUUAAGAUAAAACUGACUCUAAUUUAUUUAUAAUGCGCGUUGUUGGGGAUUGUUCAGGGGUUGUGUAAAAUGUCGUCUGUUUUUUGCAUCCUCAUGGUGCAGUAGUAUAGAGCUCCGUCAUGGAUAAGAUUCUGGAAGGUCUGGUGAGCUCGUCUCACCCGAUCCCCGUUAAGCGGGCCAUAGUGAAGAUGGUGGUGGAGGCGGCUGAGAAAGAGGUGACGCCAGAGCAGUGCCAGGCCCUGUACCACCUCACCGCGCGCCUCAUUCUGCUCGGCGAGGACACCUUCCAGCGGCAGGUGGGCCUCCAGGUCCAAGAGGCGUACGCGCGCUACCACCGCGACGAGUUCGCAUGCUUCCUGAGUAAGGACUACGUCAUGGAGCUGCUGCAUCAGGGAUACGGCUCUCUGGACCGCCGGGAUCCGGUCAUACUGGACUUCCUGCAUGGCUGCCUAAGGCUUCUCAUCAGCUGCCCGGCUGUCCUGGAGCUGGCCCAGACACUGCAGACUGAGGUCCUGCGCAUGGUGUGCGAGCGGCCCGACGCCGCCUUCUGCAGCAAGCUGGCCACGCUGCUUAGCAACUUCCCCCAGUGUGUGCCACGCAACAAGGCCGCCGUUCCGUUCUGCCAGCAGCUGGUGCGGACGUUUGCCCAUUUCCAAUGUCCGGCGGCUGAGGAGGCAGAGCUGAGGCGCUAUGUAGAGCAGGUGGGCUGCGUUGCUGCCUUGCUGCAGGGCAUCUGGAAGGCGGAGCCAGCCACGCUUCUGCCCUCGCUGCAGGAAGUGUUCGCUAUUAUCUCCUCAACAGAUCCAUCCUUUGAGCCGUCCAUCGCUCUGGCCAGUCUGGUGCAGCACAUCCCUCUGCAGAUGAUCACCAUCCUCAUCAAGAGCCUCACCACUGACCAGAACGUCAAAGACGCCAGCAUGACUCAGGCACUCAGCAGGAUGAUCGAUUGGCUCUCGUGGCCCCUGGCCCAUCACGUAGACACCUGGGUUAUCGCUCUUCUGAAGGGACUGGCUGCUGUACAGAAGUUCACCAUCCUUAUUGAUGUCACCCUGCUUAAAAUCGAGCUGGUCUUUAAUCGUCUCUGGUACCCCAUAGUGAGACAGGGGGCGCUAGCAGUCCUCUCUCACAUGCUGCUGAGCUUCCAGCACUCGCCAGAGGCCUUCCAUCUGGUCGUCCCCCACGUGGUACCGCUGGUGAAGUCCUUGCAGAGCGACGGCCUUCCGACCAGCAAAGCCUUCCUGCUGCAGUUCACCGAGCUGAUCCACUGCAUGAUGUACCAGUACUCUGGCUUCCCUGACCUCUACGACAGCAUCCUCGAAGUCAUUAAGGAACUCCCUAAACCCAGCGAAGAGAAGAUCAAGUACGUGUUGAACCAAAGCGCCUGGACCUCGCAGUCGAACUCCUUCGCCUCGGGACUGCUGAGGAUUACCGGCAAAUCGGAGACGGGCAAGACGGGGCUCGUGAACUUGGGCAACACGUGUUACCUCAACAGCAUCAUCCAGAUGUUGUUCAUGGCUACUGAUUUCAGACGAAACGUCUUAUCCGUGAACCUGAACAGCUCGAACACGCUGAUGAAGAAGCUACAGCUUCUGUUUGCUUUCCUGGCACAUACACAGCGAGCUGCGUACGAGCCCAGGAGUUUCCUCGAAGCGUCCCGGCCUCCCUGGUUCUCAGCGGGUUCCCAGCAGGACUGCUCUGAAUACCUCCGCUUUAUUUUAGACAGGCUACACGAGGAGGAAAAGACUCUCCGAGCUCUAGUCAAAUCUAAGACCAUGUCUACGGACACCCAGGCGACUGAUGAUGCCAACCCCCGGGACGUGACCAGCACCCCGUCUCAUUGUCAGACCAAACCGCCGGACCCUGAUGGCGAUGGACGGACUCUGGUGGAGCGGAUGUUCGGUGGACGUCUCUCUACGGGCAUCCGCUGCCUGCAGUGCCACAGUCUCUCUGAGAAAGAGGAACCGUUCACGGAUCUCUCUCUCGCCUUCUGCCCAUCCGGCAUCGCGGGCUCUCCGACCGCGCACUCCCACAAGGGGGCAGUAAACGGCGGCAGCGAGAACCCCGAAGGCACUUCCAAGGACGAACGGAGCGAGGAGAGGCCCAAGACCGAGGCGGUUCUGUCUCUGCCAGAUCUGCUCGAGUAUUUCCUGGCUCCGGAGAUCCUGGAAGAGGAAAACUGUUACUUCUGCGAGCGCUGCGCUUCCUUGCAGCGGGCCGAGAGGGCCAUACACAUAAGGACGGCCCCCGAGUACCUCAUCCUCACUCUCCUGCGCUUCUCGUAUGACACGACGUGCCACGUGCGGCGGAAAAUCCUAGACAACGUAGACAUCCCGCUUCACAUUCGCCUACCUGUCCACCAGCACAGCACGUCCUCAUCAUCAUCUUCAUCACCGCCUCAGUCAGUGCACAUGGACUCACCGGAGAGUGGCGAGAACUUGGCGAAGAAGCUGAAACCUUCUCAUAAAGAGAAAGAGGAGGACGAUAAAGGCGUGACAGACUGUGGGGGGGAGAGCACGAGACGGGACUGGGGGUCAGGAGUGCGGCGCAGUGUACCGUACGUCCUGUGUUCUGUGGUGAUGCAUUCUGGGAUGUCCUCCGAAAGCGGCCACUACUACUCAUACGGCAGGAACAUCAGCGCCGGUCCCCAUUCGCAUAAGAGUCCGGGAUCGGAUCCCGGCGUCGGCGUCUCAGAAGGGCCGGGCGCAUCACAGGAUGUCCUAGAGUGUGCGGGGCAAAACUCCAGGGACUGGUUCCUGUUCAACGACAGCAGAGUGACCUUUACCAACUUCCAGUCCGUGCAGAACAUCACGAGCCGCUUCCCCAAGGACACGGCCUACGUCCUGAUCUACAGGAAACAGGAAGAGGUUGGAGGAGGACAGGGCGGGGCUUCGAGAGCUACCGUCAACGGAUCGAGGUUCAACGGGGAACCACCUCUUCAUAAAGAUCUGAUGGAAGCCAUCACCAAAGACAACAAACUCUUCUUACAGGAGCAGGAGCUUAACGCCAGGGCCCGUGCUCUCCAGGCUGCCUCGACCUCCUGCUCGUUUCGACCCAACGGCUCAGACGACAACGAGCCCCCGGGAAGCUGCGGGCCUUCGGGUGGAGGUGGAGGAGGAGGAGGAGGCGGCGGCUUCAGCACCGUCAGCAGACUGGUUUUCUGAGAAUGGGAAGCAUUCAGACUGUAACAGAGCACUGGACUCAAACACUGGACCUCGUCUCGUCUGAAUCCAACAUGCAGAAAUGUUCAAUGACUCCAAACCACCUCACCAAGCUUUCCUUUGCAUACGGAUCUUUUUUUUUUUUUUUUUUUUUUUUUUUUAAAGCCUUCUUAUAAAGUGUUAAUGAAAGCACUUUUUGUUUUGUGAGACUUUAUUAAACCCCGUGGAAGGGUGUUUGUAACACACUGCAGAAAUCCUGUUUUCUAGAGAAAUGCUGGAGAAUUUAUGAAAUGCUUUUGUCAGCACUCAUCAGGUUUUGGGUCUUUUAUUUAAAAAAGAGAAGCAAGAACAACAUGUAGUAAUAAUGAUAAUAAUAAUAAUAAUCAGUGCUUUUAACUUUCAUUUUGUUCCACUGAUUAGUUUAUUUUUUUUUUUUUUUUUUUAACUGCGCACUCUGAGCACGGUAAGAGCUCUAGAAGGUGUACAGUAAGGCCUCCUAAGUGGUAUAAAUGCAAAUCUGAUUAGUUUAAGUGCAUCAUAAUCAUCCAGUCAGCUGUCACACGGGGUUAAAAGAAAUUUAAAAAACAAGUGCAAAUUGUACUUGUACUAAAUGGUGCUUUAUAAGGCUUUUAAAUGCAAAUAAAGCACCUUCGGCUCCAGUAAUAAGUCGAUACAGUAACUAAACUCUUGGCAAUACAAAAGAUGAAAAAGCAUAAUGAGCCCUAAGGAUCACUGAGGCGCUGACUUUUAGCGUAGAUUUUAAAUAAGCAUAUAAAAAUCAUGACGUUUGUCACAUCAAUAUUGUUUCAACAGAACGUAAAUCCUGAAAUGUUUCUUGAUUAAAUAUCUGUCCGAUGUGUACGAAUGGGUUAUGAGUUACUCCCCCUUUAUAAAGUGUUACCACUGAAGUUUUUUACGGGUUCUGACCGGUACGUUCACGGUCCUGUACUCUCCAUAAGCACCGAGUCUGACUGCGUUAACGUCUGUAAAGAAACCUGAUUUUAACUUGUUUUAUUUUAUAAUUUUUAUUUAAUUUUUCUAUUGGAGCCAUCCUACUUGAACAAGUGUGUGUGUGUGUGUGUGUCUAGCUGUCCGUGGACAGAUCACCUGACAUGUUGCAAUACAUUCACCCAGGAUGAUGCAAUACUCAUUUUUAUUCCAUUGUGGGAUUUAAGCUAGUGUUUUAAAAUGGCCAAAAUAAUAUCACUGAAUUAUACUUGGAUAAUUAUUAAGUAAAAAAUAAAUAUAUAUAGGUGUGAGCGUGUUUGAGUGUGUGAAGAGAUUAUCUUGCAUGCGGAAUAUUUAAAACCGAGGUCAAUUUUCACAAUAUUGCUGUUUAUAUUAUUUUAUUUUUUUCUUUCAGGGAGGAUUUUUUUUUUUUCCUUCCCUCAAUUUGAAACAGAUUUUUUGUGCCUUUUGAUCCACAUUUACGAUUUUACAGAAAACUUUGACAGGAUUUAAAAGCUACACAAGCUUUGUGUAGUUGUAUAGUGUUAAUAUCCGAUGUUUUUGUUUGUUUGUUUGUUUGUUUGUUUUUCCCCUGUCUAACAGUAAAGGUUCAUUAAUAAUAAGAAA